AUGUCGUCCUACGUAACUUCGAUCAAUUUCAGAACUGAAGCCGACGUUCUGGAGACAGUUUUUUCGGUGCUAAGAAAGUACCAGCAUGAAGACUACUACGCAUAUGAACGGGAGGAAAUUGGGCGAUCAUCGAUUACGGACGUGAUGAGAGAGUUCGUAUCUGAAGGAACCAAGGCUGGUUACAAGAUAUUUGGCCUGGUCGGGUUCAAUUUUGCUGCGAAAAUCCGCGGACAACACUUUACUCCUGGGAGCUGGCCUCUUAUAGCCCUUUUGGUUCCUCGUAUCGAGAUAACCCUUCAUCAGCAAUCCAUUACUAUUAGGGGUGACGACGAGGAAGAAGUCAAGGCAUUGCAUCAUUCAAUUCGUCACGGAAUUAACAAUUGCGACUUUACGUCUUCUCAAAAUGUCUACCCCAUAGACACAGAUGUGAACAAAGAAACCUACAUCACGGGGGUUGGGAAAGCUCUUGAUGAUAUAUCUGUGGGACGUUACACGAAGAUCAUUCCAUCACGCGCCUUGGAUAUCAACCACAAAAUCGAUAUGCAAGCUACUCUUUUAGCUGGUCGGCAAUCCAACAAUCCCGCCCGCAGUUUUUCCAUAAGCCAUGCGGGGUACCAGGCUACAGGCUUUAGCCCAGAGCUAGUCAUGUCAGCGAAGAAUGGAAAGAUCGUGACUGAGCCAUUAGCCGGGACAAGAUCAGCCAAAGGAACAAGAGAACAUGUCGAACGCCUGCGAAAUGAACUACUCAGCGACCCGAAAGAGAUCGUGGAACACAUCAUAUCAGUAAAGGAGGCGAUCCAAGAGCUUCAGCAAGUUUGCUCAAGCGAUACAGUCAAAGUCGACGACUUGAUGUCGAUUAGAGAGCGUGGUUCUGUCCAGCAUCUAGGCUCUAGUGUCUCCGGGAUUCUAUCAUCCGAAAAAGACAUGUGGGAUGCUUUCAAUGUCUUAUUCCCGUCAAUUACGGCAUCCGGAAUUCCAAAGAAUGCAGCUAUCGACGGCAUUCAGCGCUUGGAAGAGAGGCCGCGGGAACUCUACUCCGGUGCUAUUCUGCUUAUCGAAAACUCGGAUUCACUUGAAGCAGCACUUGUUCUACGCACUGUGUUCCAAGACGAGUCCCGGGGGUGGAUUCAAGCUGGGGCGGGUGUCAUUUCUCAGUCUAAUCCGCAACGGGAAUUGAUUGAAACUCGGGAGAAGCUGGCAAGCAUUGCGCCAUUCAUCGUUCUGGACGCUCGAAACGGAAAAUAA